GUUUUUUACUCCAUCUCAUCGGUCAUGAAGAUCCCGAUUGAGACAAAAAGAACGAGGUUGUGGCGAUAUGCGAUUAUUUUCUUCAAAUUCCUUAUCGUUCUCUUAGUCCUCGUCUCCAUCACAGACAUGGUCUUCUCUUAUUUCGCCUUGUGUCACUCAUCUUCGCUUAGUCUUCUGGUCGAGCCCGUAGGGUUGGAGAGCCUCAAGGUUUUGUAUCCUCGAAUGGUGCUUGAUGAGAGGCAAGACUACGGGGUGCUAGAGAAUCUCGUACCUGCUGCGAAUCUCGACGCAGAGAGCGAGGAUGACAUCACCUGCGUCACUCACUCUUCCAUCGAUCAUCUGCACCGCGUCGUCCCACUCGUUCAGGCCUGGCAGGGACCGGUUUCCCUGGCGGUGUUCGUGUCCACCCAAGUCAACAUGAACAUCACCUUGAAGGUGAUAGCAUGUCUCCGAGAGGAACACCCACAAGUAUCCCAGAACGUCACCUUUCAUCUCGUAUUCCCCGUUCGACAAAUGGCGGAGGAGUCGGAUCUCCGGAUCGAUGACAAGUUAUCCUGUCAGGUCCUCGUGGAGACAGUGUCCAGGGCGGAGGACAGGGCGAAGAACUUUAAUCGCCCAGAUGUGGAAUAUCCCCACAACCUGCUGAGAAACGUGGGUCGGAGAGCGACUAGAACGGAGUUCGUGUUCGUCAUAGACGUAGAUUUGAUCCCCAGUCCCGGCAUGAGAAGGAAAUUCGUCCAAUUUGCUCAAAGAGAACGGCUCUUCUCCCGGGAUAUGGCCAAACAUAAGAUCACCUACGUCGUGCCGGUCUUUGAGGCGGUGUCGGGGUUGCCGACCCCUCAAAACAAAUCAGAAUUACUAAGGCUAUGGGAUGCAGGGAAGAUUCGACCAUUUUACAGCAACACACGAGCCUAUAGAGUGCAAGUACGACUUCUGAGACAGCGCUGA